AUGCUCCGAAAGAAAAAUAACAAGAGAUUUAAUAUGCUCUUAUUGAAAGAGGAUGAAAUAUAUUUUCAGGACUUUUCAUGUACUUAUUUUAUGGGCGUUGGAGGAAGAGAGAAAUAUAAAGGACGAUUACACUUUUGCUCUCACUCCUUGGUAUUCGUUCCUGAUGAUACACGAUAUUCGAUUACAAGACAUUCCUUUGACAAGAUCGAAGGAGGUUUCAAAAAAUUCAGACCAACCCCAAGUAAUCAACCAUUCUUUUCCUCAUUUAGCGAGGAAAAUAUGUUUUGUUUUACAUGCACAGAAUUUGUGGAAAUCCGAAAGGGAAAUAAGGACCACCCCUAUAUUUUCAAAAAACAACCUGAUACAGUAGUAAUUGGACUCACUUUCUUGACAGCUCAGCAAUUUGUUGAAAAAAUUUCCCCAAUCUACCAAUUAUUCCAAAAUAAUUCUGGAACACCUUCAAUUGAAAAGAUUAAUCAAAUUUAUGAAGAUCAAAUCGCCAAAGGCUUCUCUUUUGAUAUUACAUGGCUCGAAGAUUUUAGAGAACAAACACUUUAUGAAACUCAUGGUACCAAAGUCACACCACUCGUAGACACACAUGGAUGUAUUUUAUUGACUAAUGAAAGAAUUUAUUUCCAACCAUUCAACAACAUUAGCACAAAACCAGUUAAAAAGUACAACUUGAGGGAUAUUAAUAGAAUCGUCAAAAGGCGUUACAACUUGCGUCAAAUUGGUGUUGAAAUAUUCUUACGGAAUAACAAGAGCAUAUUCUUUUCUUUUAAGAACCAAGUAGAGCGUGACAACUUUUACAAUACAAUUUUAAAACAACCAGUAAUAUCCAACAUUUCAAUGAAUGACCAGGGCAAUAUGACACUCAAAUGGCAAAGUGGGUUAAUAAGCAAUUUUGAUUAUUUGCUAUACUUGAAUUUUAUUGCUGAUCGAUCGUUUAAUGAUUUAACACAGUACCCAGUAUUUCCAUGGGUCGUUGCUGAUUAUUCAAGCAAGACGCUCGACCUACAAGAUCCAAAUACUUUUAGAGACUUGAAAAAACCAAUAGGCGCACUGAAUCCAGACCGGCUCAAAUAUUUCAAAGAUCGAUAUUACCAGAUGCCAGAUCCAAAAUUCCUGUAUGGAACACACUACUCAACCCCUGGCUAUGUUCUCUAUUUCCUAGUGAGACAAGCGCCUGAGUAUAUGCUCAAACUUCAAAAUGGAAAAUUUGAUGCACCUGACAGAGAGUUUUGUUCGAUCAAACAAACCUUUAACUCUGUACUCACCAACACUACUGAUUUGAAAGAAUUAAUACCAGAAUUCUAUCAAUCAACAGGAAGUUUCUUGAUGAACUCUCUUAAUCUAGAUUUAGGUGUUCGGAAUAACGGCCAGCGUGUGAACAAUGUUAUUUUGCCUCCAUGGUCCAAAGAUGAGCAAGAUUUUAUUUACAAAUGUAGACUGGCUCUUGAGAGUGAUUACGUCUCACAAAAUUUGCAUCACUGGAUUGAUUUAAUAUUUGGUUACAAACAGAGAGGAGAAGAAGCUGUAAAGGCUGAUAAUUUAUUCUAUUAUUUGACAUAUGAAGGGGCAGUGGAUAUCGAAAAAAUUAGAGACCCCAUCGAAAGACGAGGAAUUGAAAUUCAAAUUAGAGAAUUUGGUCAAACACCAAAACAAGUGUUCACAUCUCCUCACCCACAAAGAAAGGCAUCCACAAACCUCGCCAAUAUUACAAAAUUUUCUGUUACCUCGUCUGACACAAUUCCUUUAGAUAUUAUUUCUGCAACUAACAGGGAUGUUCCACAAUCUCCAUCCGUUGUUCGAACUGGAUCUUCUGUGUUCAUGGAUAGAGAAUCAGCGUUUAGCAGCUCUUCCAAGACCUCCUCUCCCAUUUUAAGCUCUACAAGCUCUUUUAGAUCAAUUUCUUCUCCAUUAUUCACACCCAAAGAUAAUGAUGACUUUGACGUGAAUGACUUGCUUAAAUCUGAUCUGAAUCGCCCAAGUAGUUUUUUUAACAAACAACUCGAAGAAUUGGAGCCCUCUUCCUCGUCACUUCAAUCCGCUGACUCAUUCAGUUCCUCAGUUUCAUUGGAUAGUUUAACCACAGAUAAUAGUCCUAACCGCACAAGAAAGAAGAGAUCUACCUUGAGAAAGCAAAAACAAAACGAGAACUCAUUUACACCCAAGUUUUCAACGACCACUACAGAGGAACCAACACUCAAGGUUGAGCUUCAUCGAGAUCGCAUCACCUCAGCCAUCAUUAGCAAGGACAAAUCGAGAGUGUAUACCUCAAGUGACGACAGUACAUGUAAGAUUUACUCAUUAGAAUCUAAACGUCAGUUGAGAAGAAUAGCAGAUAUGGGAGAUAUGGCACUUUCGUCUUGUGCUAUUCUUGAUGAAACAUCUGAACAAAAGAUUUUAGUUGCUGGCUCGUGGGACAAUAGAAUUUAUGUGUAUUCGGUCGAAUAUGGAAAGGUUUUGGACAUGAUUCAAGCUCACGAAGAUGCCAUCUCCAGGAUUUGUGUUAAGAAUGACACUUUGAUUUCAAGUUCGUGGGAUUCCACUGUCAAAGUGUGGAAAUGUACUUCUGACUCUGUCACAUCUACUCCAAUGUUAACCUUUCAAGAUCAUGAAUCUCCAGUUCAUAGUUUGAAUGUGGAUGCAUCUGGAAACUUGAUUGUUUCAGGAAGUGAAGACGGUUUGGUAAUUGUUUUUGAUUUACGUCAAAAGAAAGCCAUUUCUGAAUUCCACGCUCACAAUGACGUCGUUGCAGAUACCUGCUUUUGUGGAGAAGACUCACAACGAUUUGUAUCAUGUUCCAAAGAUGGUUCCAUUAAGCUGUUUGAUGUAUCUGGAACUGAGAUUGCUCAAUUCAGCAGUCCCGUUGUUAGUCAGGCCUGGAGAUGUCUGGCUUCAGAUGGGUUUGAAUUGUUGUCAGGAGGUGAAGAUGGCAAGUUGUACAAGUGGAAUGUUCAAGAUGGAUCUCUCACUAAAGCGAUUAAUGCCCACAAUGCUGCAUUAACUUGUAUCAGUGUCAGCGACGAUGGAGAAAGUGUCGUAACAGGCAGUAAAUCAGGUGAAAUGAUUUACUGGGACAAGUAG